GUAAACAUUUCUUGAAAUACAGUGUAUAAGCGACUGAGUACGUUUCUUUCUUUAUUCUAUUUCUCUUUCUUUAGAAAACAAAAUUCAAAGAGAGAAAGAAGAAAAAAAAAUGGAGUCGAGAAUUUUAUCUUCGGGAACAAACCCAUUUUCCAGUACUGAUUUAAUUCAAUUAAGGAAACCCAUUAGACGAACUAUUACUAGUUCCAUCAUAUCUACUAAGUCACCAUUAUCAUCUGUUGGAGAUGUUAGUGGUGGUGGAAAUCUUAAUUGGGGAAGACAACUUCGAUCAACUUAUUUACUUGUCGACAAAUUUCAUCCAAUUUCAUCAGCACCAUCAUCUAAAAGAGAAUUUGUUAUACCAAUUUGUGCUACCAGCGAUUCAGCCGGGGAAGCUAAAGUUGGGCUUCUCGAAAAAUAUCCAGCUCUAGUUACUGGUUUCUUCUUCUUCAUGUGGUAUUUCUUGAAUGUGAUAUUCAACAUUCUCAACAAGAAGAUUUACAACUAUUUCCCUUACCCUUAUUUCGUAUCGGUUGUCCAUUUGGCAGUGGGUGUCGUUUACUGUUUAAUCAGCUGGGCUGUUGGUCUUCCUAAACGCGCUCCUAUGGACGGUAACCAACUUAAGUUACUCAUUCCUGUUGCUGCCUGCCAUGCUCUUGGUCACGUGAUGAGUAACGUCUCGUUUGCUGCAGUCGCAGUCUCGUUCACCCACACAAUCAAAGCUCUCGAACCCUUCUUCAAUGCAUCCGCUUCUCAAUUCAUACUUGGACAACCGAUACCUGUUACCCUAUGGCUAUCCUUGGCUCCCGUUGUCCUUGGUGUGUCCAUGGCAUCACUAACUGAACUAUCAUUCAACUGGUUGGGUUUCAUUAGUGCUAUGAUCUCAAACAUCUCCUUUACCUACAGGAGUAUCUACUCAAAGAAAGCCAUGACUGACAUGGACAGUACCAAUCUCUAUGCCUAUAUUUCAAUCAUUUCCCUUUUUUUCUGUCUUCCACCGGCUAUUCUCAUCGAGGGGCCAACCCUGUUGAAGUCUGGUUUCAGUGAUGCAAUUGCUAAAGUUGGUAUGGUCAAGUUUGUUUCGGAUCUCUUCUGGGUUGGAAUGUUUUACCAUCUUUACAAUCAGCUUGCAACCAACACCCUCGAGAGAGUGGCACCUCUUACACACGCAGUUGGCAAUGUCUUGAAGCGUGUUUUUGUAAUUGGUUUCUCAAUUGUAAUCUUCGGCAACAAGAUUUCGACCCAAACAGGUAUUGGAACAGGUAUUGCAAUUGCUGGUGUAGCUCUUUACUCAUACAUCAAAGCCAAGAUUGAAGAAGAGAAGCGGCAAGCAAAGGCUGCCUAAGAGGAAGAGGACCAAUGCUUAAGGGCGGAAAAACCAGUUCAAGUGUAAAUGGCAGUUUCAUCUAAUUACCAAUUCAGGCACCUAUUGUAUUCGCUCGCUAGAUUUUUUCCUUUCUUUAUUCCCAUCUACGUCUCUACAUUUUUCUGCUUUCUAGUUCCAAUAAUAGCUGAUUCAACCAUCAAUCGUGAGGAAAAAUAGAAACUCGGUAUUUCCAUUAAAACUUGAUGUUGGAAGCUAGAAAACCACAUUUAUCUGAUGGUAUUAAAAAUGUGGAUUGCAGAUCGUUUAUUUCAAGGAAAACAAAGAAUUUGCUUCGUGAAUUAUCA